AUUGUGUACCGAUAUUUUAAUGAUACAUUGUAAAUUAGCUUUUAAUAUGGCAUUUAUCAAUGUGAUUAUUAUUAUUUUAUAUUUGGGAAUCAAUUUUAUCAAGUUUUAAUUUUAUUCUUAUACUACUGAAUAUACUACUAAUGUAUGGAAUUAAAUACAUUUGAAUAGAAGGAAAUAAAUGAAUUCAUAUUUGAUCAACCGAAUGAAAUUAUGGAAACACAGAAAAUAUUAUGAAUCUACCUAUCUAUCUAUGUGUAUUGUGUGAAUGAGAGGCUCUUAUAAAAACGUUAUUUUACAACAUACAUUGAGAAAUGAAUCAAAGAGACUUGAUCAAGUUUGAAAGUAGUGCUACAUUUUCAUUCACAAUCAUUUUGUAGUCACUGUAUGAAUUUUGAGCUACCUCUUAUUUUUAUGUAGUUCACAGUUAAUGGAUAUCAUGAAAAAAAUAUCAUAUAAACGUGAUUGAUUCAACCAUUAACUUUUGUAAAUUCACACAGCAACUCAUGGUGUUAUGGAGAUUCACGAAGGUCGUCGUCUUAUUCUGAAAUGCAAAGUGCAAGGUGAAACAAAUCCACAAAUUAAAUGGUUUAAAGAUAAUAAAUCUAUAAAUAUGUCAUUGCAUCCGAAUAUUAAAAUCACAUCUUCAACAAAGCAUUCAGAAUUACGAAUAGAACACGUCAUAACUAAUGACACAGGUAACUACUCCUGUCGAGGAGAAAGUCAACAGAAUCAAAUAAGCAAAUGGGUUUUUGUUUCGGUUUAUUCAGCUUGUCCAGUGAAUAUUUGCAAUAUGGGAACAUGUUUCAUUAUAAAUAAUAAUUCACUUUGUAGAUGUCCGGAGACACAUACCGGUGAAUUAUGUGAUCAACUUGUGUCAAAUGAUAAAAUCAAAAAUAAAUUAAUCAUGAAUACACAACCAAUGAAAAAGAAUCUAAACUAUCUGCAGUCGGAUUCAAAAUCACCCUCGUCAGUUGACCUAAUUAAUUCUGUAUCAAUUCUAAAUGAUAAUAAUAAUAAUCAACCUAAGCAAACUAUGCAACUAUUAUCAGAAAUAAAACGUGAAAAGUUCGAUUUGUGUACUCUUCCUGAAUUUCAAUUUACUACUGAUUGUCUACAUGUCAAAAGUCAUUUGGCUACAUUCAUUGGCACUGCAAUCACAUGUUCAAUGAUUAUAUUGCUAUUAACAUUCUGUGCAGCAUACUUUAGAAGGAAAAAACUCUUAAACAAAAGAAAACAAGAUUGUAAAUGUCUAUCGAAAGAAAAUAAAUCAGAACCUAUAAAUUCUAUUAAAUCAGCUGAUCAUAGAUCAUCGUCUGUUAUGAGAGAUACUAUAAAUAUUUUUAGCAAUGAUGAAGUUAAGCAUUCAUUCAGUUCAUUUAAAUCGGUAUCAUUUGAGGGUACAUUAUAUACAGAUUCUAUAGAUAAAAAUUCCAGAAACUUUAAUGUUGACAUACUUCAAUCGAGUAUUACAAAUUCAGAUUAUGGAGUUAUAACUCAAGGUACUAAUAAUAGUAAUAUACAGAUAUCAAGUAACGGUAAAGAUAAUUUAACACAUAAUUGUUCAAAAAAAUUUCCCAAUUCUCCUUCAUCAUGUUCAAAUACUGCUUAUGUUGUAUGGACUACCACACCAGAAAUUAUUCGAGAUGAUGAACGAGAAUUAACCAACCAUUCAUUGGAUAAAAUACUAAUACACACAAAUGCUCAACAACAACAAAACUCAAAAGAGCAACAAUUAAUUUUUUCACCAACAACUUCAUAUAUUUCAGCUGCUUUACCAAAUUCACAAGAAAUUAUCUUAAAUGAUGAUGCAUUAUUUAAUCAAAAUGAUCUCAGUACACUUCUGUCGUCUACAGCAUCGUCAUCAACAGUACUAUCUGGACCUAAUUUAUAUAAUCCUGUAAAUCUUAAAUUAGCUGAUAUAAGUAACAAAAUGCAGCCAUCGAGUGGUGCUUCGGUACUGAACUCAAUAGAAGCUCCAAGUAAAUCAAACUAUAUUGUAAGUAAAUCACAAAAACCAAAAGAAACUGUACAAUCUUAUGCAUUUUGUACAAAUAUGGCAUAUUGUGAUUCGGUAACAAAUUCACAAAUAUCUAAUAUAUCUACAUUAAUUACGGAUAAUUCAUUACAAGAAUUUACAACAUUAGAUACAGUUUUACAAUCAGUUGAUGCAAAUGAAAAUUUUCUUAAACAUGUUUAUCAUACAACAGAUACCUUAUUACCACAAUCAACAUCAUCAUUAUCAUCACCAUCUCCGAAUACAUGUGUUAUUGUUGAUCAAGAUCAUUUUAGAUUUGGUUCAAAUCUGGUCUAUUUUUGUCCUAAUUCAUAUCCGAAUAAUAAUUAAUUUAUUUUCACAUUGAACACCUCAUAUAUAUGAAGAUUAUUAAUGAGACUUCACAUUCCAUAGUCUUAUCUAAAACAAUGUACACGUAUGUUUAAUAAGUAGAUAGUUCAUCGAAUUAAUUGUAUAUUUCAAUAAGAGUAAUGUACAAAAAAGAAAGAAAGAAAAAGAAAAGAAAAAAAGGAAAAAAAUACAUUCUACAUUUUAAUCUGUAUUUAUAAUUGAGUUCUGAGUUUACUAUUAUUUAGUUUAUUUCUAAAUUUAAUUUGAUCAAAAGCAGAAACCAACAUUUUUGUUUUUCUUGUUGUUGUUGCUGUUUUAAAUGUGUAUUAACUUUCAGUUUUGUUUUGUUUUAAACGCUUCAAUUAAUUGAUCAUUUUAAGUAGACCGAAAUUCAUUCAGACCAUAAAAAUAAAAGACGAUGUUCAAUCUAAUUGAUGCAUUUUUAAAUACACACACACACACAAAGAAAAUGGAACUGUGAUUUAUGAUAAGUUUAACAUUUGAUUGUUUAAACUGUACUCAAUUUAAACCAGAAAUAAUUUGUCCUUUCAGUUCAUUUGGCAUGUGUGUUUCUUAGCGAGAAAAUGUUUUUUUUUCUUUCUUCAGGAAACAGGUAAUUAAAUAGAAGCAACAGUUUGUAUUCACUCAAAUAUUUAAUUAAAUUUCUUUCUGUUAUAAUGCUCGGAGUUUCCUCGUCUAUAUGAAUGAGACAUUAAUUUACCUUAGACGAAUAUCUACAUUAGAUUCCCUAGCAGUGUCUAUUUUACAGGACUUUAAUAUAACUCAGAUCAACGACACGAGAUUAGCCUGACUAGAACGUAAAUAUAUUGUUACACCAAAAAACCGACAUCAAUCCGACACAAUCAAUAAUAAUAAUAAUAAUAAUAAUAAUAAUAAUACGGAUAAGAGAAUAUACAACUCAUCUAACGCCUGUUAAACUAUCUACUAGUCUGACAAAGCGAAUAACCAAUCAUUGUCAUCCUCGCCCACACAUCACUUUGUCGGCUCGCUAGUCAACACUUUUACGUUUCUACAUUCUAAUCACAUAGUUUUUAGAUCAAAUUGUGUUACAUAUCAGUUAGUAACAAGUACAUACCAGUUAAAUUCACUGAGAUGCUGUCUAAUUAAUUAUCAUAAAAUCCAUAUCAUACAACUCAGCCUUGAUAAUCAUACUGAUGCCUGAAUUCAAAAUUAAUCAGUUUGAGUGUCAUAGCUGUAUCUGAUAAUUAUGAAACAAAUUCAGUAAUGAUAUGCAAACCUAGGCUCGACUGAAAUAUCUAUGAAUUUCUAUAAUAUUCUAAUACGUAUUGAUCAUUUAAACUUUUGCUUCGGUUAUAUUUGUUGGAUUUGAAUAAAGACAGAACGAAUACUGAUACAGAAUAAUGUGAAUUCAUUAUAUUUCAUGAUAUCUCAUCAACAUUAGAUUAAUAACGCAUCCUUUCUUCGGUUUGCCAAAGCAAGAUCAAUAAAAACACUCAAACCUGAUUUAUGUAUCUUGAAAGAGACAGUAAUAAACUUACCACUACCUUGGUGAAUUAUUUUUGUCAGUAUCAAUAUUUUAUUAGUGUUCAUUCUGUCAAGCGAACUUUCCUUAACUAAUUCUUAUUUUAUGUACACUAUCCCUUCACACAAACGUUUUCAUUCACUAAGUCCUCUUAACUUUUGUAAACUCUUCAAAUCCUGUUCGAUUAUUACGUAACCCGUCUUAUCAAUUUUUAAUACCAGUAAUCUUAAGUAAACCCUUCAUAACCUCUAAAAUUAUCUAUCUUAUCUAUCUCCGGACCUCAUUUAAUUAAUACUUUACCCACACCCUCAUGUUAUAUAUAUAACAUCUGUCAUUCUAGUUCUUUGCCUUAAUUUAAUUACAUGUUUCAUAUCAUAUCUUACCUCAAUAUUAACGUUCAAUAAACAUAUGGUUGCAAGCAGUUGAUGAGAAACGGCGCAAUCUAAUGAGUUUAUAUUAUACUGUAUCAGUGUU